CAGCUGCUAAUGACCCAUCUACCCUUCAUUACCCUUCAUCUUACUGUCUUAUAAUUAUAAGAAAAGGUUUGCGAAAGUUGGUGGGUGUGGUUGGCUAUAAAGGCACUGCAGCAUAGUUCUCCUCUCUUCCUAGCUUUGCUUGCUUCCUUUGAGGCCUGGGAAACAUUCAACAGAAAAAAGGAAAAAUGGGGAACUGCCAAGCUGUUGAUGCAGCAACUCUGGUAAUUCAGCACCCAAGUGGGAAAGUAGACAAGUUUUAUUGGCCUAUGAGUGCUAGUGAGAUUAUGAAGAUGAACCCUGGCCACUAUGUUGCUCUUCUUAUCUCUACCACCUUGUAUCAUUCCAGUAACAAUGAUAAAUGUCCAGACAACAGCGCCAACAAUGUCAACCCUGUUCGUUUGACAAGGAUUAAGCUUCUCCGGCCGACGGAUACUCUUGUUCUUGGCCAGGUUUACAGGCUCAUCACCACUCAAGAAGUUAUGAACGGGCUGUGGGCAAAGAAGCAUGCAAAGAUGAAGAAAAACCAGCAAGAAUCAGCAGAGAAGCCAUACGAGAAGGCUGGUUUGAGGCCAGAGACAGUGACAAGAAGAUCUGAACCAGAUACGGAAAAUAAGGUGAGCAAACAUGAAAGGCACCGGCCGAGAUCAACACCAUCAGCCAACUCUGCUGCCAGAUCAAAGACAUGGCAGCCCUCAUUACAAAGCAUCUCAGAGGCUGCAAGCUAAGGAUGAUUCGCAUUUUGCCACAUUUGCUGCAUAAGACACAGAGAGGAGCAACACUUGGCUCCUGCCGCACAGAAAUCCAGGCUUCCUUUUUAACCUGUGAAAAGCAAAUACAGUUUCUCACUUUAGGGAUGCAGGUAGCAAACCAGGAAAAAAACACCCCAACUUUCUUCAAGGUGCAGAUCUGAGCAAUGCAUAAUUGUAUAUCAAAAAGGGUGACGCAAACCCAAUAGGAUUGUAAUCCAGCACUGUUAUGUAAUGAAGUCAGAGUAUUGUUCCCUAA